AUGGGUAUCUCCGUCAACAACAUCUUCGCCGUCAAUGAGGACAGGCCGACUCCCAAGUCCGUUUACAACUGGCGCGUGUACGUCUCCGCUGCCAUCGCGUCCUUCGCAUCAUGCAUGAUCGGCUACGACUCCGCCUUCAUCGGCACGACGAUCGCGUUGCCGAGCUUCACGGAGGAAUUCGACUUUGCCUCGUACGAACCCAAUGACCUCGCUCUUCUCAAGUCCAACAUCGUCUCCGUCUAUCAAGCCGGUGCUUUCUUCGGCAGUCUAUUCGCAUACAUCACAUCGUAUUUCAUCGGUCGACGAUACUCCCUUAUUGCGUUCAGCUUUGUUUUCAUGCUGGGCGCGGGUAUGAUGCUUGGCGCUAAUGCUGAGCGUGGCUUGGGUCUUAUUAUCGGUGGUCGUGUUCUUGCUGGUGUUGGUGUUGGCGCUUGUUCGAAUAUGGUUCCCAUCUACUGCUCUGAGCUGUCUCCUCCUGCUAUUCGCGGUCGCCUUGUUGGUAUCUAUGAGCUUGGCUGGCAGAUUGGUGGCCUUGUCGGCUUCUGGAUCAACUAUGGACUUGCUGAAACCAUGGCUCCUAGCCACAAGCAGUGGAUCAUUCCCUUCGCGGUCCAGCUCAUUCCCGCCGGCCUGCUGCUCUUCGGUUCCUUCUGGAUCAAGGAGUCGCCUCGUUGGCUCUUCUCCAAGGGUCGUCGUGAGGAAGCCAUGAAGAACCUGUGCUGGUUGAGACAGCUGCCCGCCAAUGACCUCUAUCUCGUUGAAGAGGUCAGCUAUAUCGACCAGGAACUCGAGCGAUACAACAAGGAGGUCGGCCCUGGUUUCUGGAAGCCCUUCACUGCGCUCAAGAGCCGCAAGGUCCAGUGGCGUUUCUUCCUCGGCGGCAUGAUGUUCCUCUGGCAGAACGGUUCCGGCAUCAACGCUAUCAACUAUUACAGCCCUACUGUCUUCAAGAGCAUCGGUAUCCAGGGCACCAACACCUCUUUCCUCACCACCGGUAUCUUUGGUGUCGUCAAAACCGCUAUCACCAUCAUCUUCAUCCUGUUCCUGAUCGAGACCGUUGGACGCAGAAAGUUGCUUAUUAUCGGUUCAGUUGGUGGUUCCCUCUGCAUGUGGUUCAUCGGUGCCUAUAUUAAGAUUGCAGACCCCGCUGCCAAGGUUGCUGCUGCUGCUGCUGACGGAACUGAGGCUCCCAAGAUGACGAGCGGUGGAAUCGCUGCCGUUUUCUUCUUCUACCUUUGGACUGCCUUCUACUCCCCUACAUGGAACCCCAUUCCCUGGGUCCUCAACUCUGAGAUGUUCAACGAAAACUCUAGAUCACUCGGUCAAGCUUCCGCUGCUGCCAACAACUGGUUCUGGAAUUUUAUCAUCUCCCGCUUUACUCCCCAGAUGUUCCUCAAGAUGGGCUACGGCGUCUACUUCUUCUUCGCGUCGCUCAUGGUCCUCUCUUCCAUCUUCGUCUUCUUCUUCAUCCCCGAGACCAAGGGUCUGCCUCUUGACACCAUGGAUCGUCUCUUUGAGAUCAAGCCUGUGUGGAAGGCUCAUGGCCAACUGUCUGAGGAGCUGAUGCUGCAGGAGGAGGAGUUCCGACGCAAUGCCGAGGGUGCCGACCUUACUGCUGAGAAGACCCGAGCUAUGGCUGAAGAGACCGAGCAGGUUUAA